AUGGCGCCGCCAACACCCUGCCGCUCAUCGCCUCUCCCCCGCCUCCCGGAAGCCACGAAGCAGACCCACCCCGCCGCCGGCCCGCCCAGGCCCAGAUGGGCCCCGAAGGGCUUAGAUCUGGGCCGAGCGGGCGUCGCCAGACCGCGCCGCCGCGUCGCCCUGCCGCCAACGGCGACGCCACCGUCCAAAAGUCCGCCCCCGCUCGCGCCAAGAGCCCCCGCCGCCGCGCUGGACCGCCGCCGCCUAGAAGCACCGCCCGGGGUCGCCCCGUCCCGCGCCGGCGGACACCCGAGAGGGGAAAAGCCAGGGGGCCGCCGCCACCAGCGUCGCCCGGGGCAGGCCCGCAGCGGGCGCCAGUGA